AUGUCCUCUAACAAGCUGUUCGUGUUCGGCCUGGGCUACUCUGCGUCUCGAGCCGCUCGCGCCUUUCACUCCCUCGGCUACUCCAUUUCAGGUACCGUUCGCUCCGUGGAGGCCGCGACGCAAUUGUCGCAAUCCGAUCCGGAAGUAUUCCGUUUCGAAGGAUCGGAGACUUUACCUCCAAACGUGUUCCUCUUCGACGGAGACAAGUGGAGUGACAGCAACGCGUUGUCACUCGAGGACGCACUUAAAGGGGUCACCCACGUGCUGGUGUCCGUGCCCACAGGGCGCGUAGACGGCCAGGAAGACCCCGUUCUGUCAGUUGUUGGGGAUCGCUUGAUCCGUGCCACGAAAGACUCGAUCCAAUGGGUGGGAUACCUGUCGACCAUUGGGGUGUAUGGAGAGACCAAUGGCGUUGUAGUAGACGAGUCAGCACCGGUCGGCUCAAUGGUUAAACGAUCGCAAAUGCGGAUCAAAGCCGAGCGAUUGUGGCUCGAUUCGGAACUUCCCACCCAUAUUUUCCGAAUUGCGGGAAUCUAUGGACCCGGUAGAGGAACGAUCACUAAAGUUCGAAGUGGAACGGCUUCGAGGAUCCACAUCCCGGGGAGGAAAUUCAACCGCAUUCAUGUCGACGAUAUUGUCCAAAUUUUACUAGCUUCGGCCGCUCGUCCGAAUCCCGGAGGGAUCUACAACAUGUGCGACGAUGAACCAGCCCCGGCGGAUGAAGUUACGGCCUAUGCGUGUGAGCUACUGGGCGUUCCUGUACCUCUGAGUCAGUCAUGGGAAGAGGCUGAGAAGAAUAUGAGUGCAAUGGCCAAGAGUUUCUAUGCCGAGAGCAAGAUUUGUGCCAAUCACCGGAUCAAAGAGGAACUGGGCGUUCAGUUACUGUAUCCGACAUAUCGUAAAGGUAUCCUAGCGCAGGUGUUGGAGGAGGAUAAACUGGCUAAAGGAGAGUCUACCAAUCCUAUCGUCUCUUCUACUCAACGUCUAGUGGUGCUGGUGAACAUCGGAUCUCUACGGGCCGAGCCGUACUUGGACCUGCGUCAGAUCAGCUUCCGACUGAGUCGUGCUCUGGGCCAACCAGUGGUGCCAUGCAGCUUCCGGUUCUCGAACCGUGUGGAUCCUCAGGAACUCAAUGGACUCAAAGCCAAGACGUUCGAGAUGGUGCUGACCGAGCAUCUGGCUACACGUGGCGAAGGUGCGAGCGACGUUGUCGUGCUCCCACUGUUUUUCGGGAACAGCUCGACGUUGACCGAGUUCUUGCCCAAGACGAUGAAUCAGGUAUGGGACUCCGUCUCGUCAACGUCCGCUGCUCUCUCGGUCCGUAUUGGUGGCUGUCUAGUGGACGGCCACGACACUCGUGUGGCUCAGAUUUUACUGGAACGUAUCCACGAAGCUGUGGACUUUGCGACAUUGCAGGAAGACGUGACGGUGCUUGUCGUGGAUCACGGUACUCCGAGUCGUGACGUGCAUGAGUCACGCGAGUUUGUAGCGAACGAACUGCGUGAGUUGCUGAAGACCAACCAGCGUGUGAAGCUCGUCGGUACUGCGUGUAUGGAGCGUCGUGAAGGUGCCGAAUACGACUUUAACGACCCUCUGCUGGCUGUAGCGCUGGAUCACUACAACGUGACUAAGGGGAUCGUUGUAUGUGCCAAAAUGUUCUUCUCCAAUGGCCGUCACGCGGGCGAGAAAGGAGACAUCGAAGAGAUCAUUAAGGACGUCCGUGCCAGACACACAGACGUGGACGUUCGCGUCACGGAGGCGCUUGGAACGCACGAGCUGUUGGCCGAGAUCUUGCAAGAUCGCUACCGUGCUGCGUUGUCCAAGGAGACGUCGGACUACACUCUCACACUGAGCAAGUAA